AUGGUCUUGAACACUGAUUUCCUGUCUUCAUUGACUUGCUGGAAGGCACUAUUCAACCAUGCCCAUUAUCCACAGAUAAAAGCAUGGCUUGAUGCCAGCUCAGAUGCUGAAUCUGAUUCAGAAGUUCAGGCUGAGACCAAAGAUCCUGAUCAUUACACUAUUGUGGACUUGGCAGAAUGGCUCAAAAGAAAAGAUGUGGCCAAGGGAAAGAGGUCGGCUGCUACUAGCUCAUGUGCUGGAAAGAAGUCAGGUUGUAAACAGGAGAAAAGGAAGAAGGAGAGGAAGGUGUCUUCGGAGGAAUCAGAUGAGUCAUCUGGAGGGAAAAAGUUGAAGUUGAAGUUGAAGGCAAAGGCAAAGUUGAAGAAGAAUUCACCUGUCUCUGUUUGGACUCAGACUUUUCUUGUAGCUCUUUCUUGGUUGACUCACUUUGGUCUCAUGACUUUCUUUGUAUUGAGUCAACAUUGGAUUAUAAUCUGGCUUUUGAUAUGGUUUCAGAUGGCAUCAUUAGUGCAUGGUGCACAAACUGAAACCCCAUUCCCAGAUAUAUAUUUUUCUGCAUUUAAUCGAAUUAUUGAAUCAACCUUUGGAUCUAACAUCUCUUUGGCAACUGUCUUGACCCUUUUGUUCACAAUCACAGAAAAUGUACACUUGUUGAAUCUCCAUUUUCGACAACAACACCCAGAAUUCCAAGGUGAAAACAAGACUCAGACCACUGGAUGGAUGAUUGCUUUAGCUAGGGCAUUGAUUGAUCAAUUGGGCUCCACAGCUAUUUCUUUAUAUAAUGAUGAAGAUAAAGAUGAUUCAACCUCCCAGGCCAAGGUCAAGCUGCUUGCGGGAAAGCUGAAUGAUAUGGCUGUCAAUUUGAAUUUAACACCAUAUGAUGACCAAGAUGCUUACAUGGUAAAGCUACUUCCCAUUUCCCUGAAAGCUAUUCAGCCUGUUCAUAUGAUAUGUCCUGGAUCACUAAUCACUACUCAGUAA